CUAUCUUGUUGACCUUGACUGGAGCAAAGAAUGCAGGUAGCUUAUAUCAGAGUAGUCUUCCACAGAAAUCAGGUUCUGUGGUGCCAGUGGAUCUACAUGCUAGGUUUUCUCGUCACAACAAAAAUUUGUCCAGCAUGAGUCCGAAUUCUUGCUCUAAUCAAAUGCCCUUGUUGUACUCCUAUUGGAGGAGUUCAUGCUCGUGGAGAGUGAGAAUUGCAUUAAAUCUGAAAGAAAUCCCUUAUGACAUAAAACCAAUAAGUUUGAUCAAAGGUGGAGGAGAGCAGCAUUGCAAUGACUAUCGAGAAGUAAACCCGAUGGAGCAGGUUCCAGCCUUGCAGAUUGAUGGCCACACAAUCGUUGAAUCACUCAAUAUCAUGCACUAUUUAGAGGAGACUCGUCCGCAACGACCACUCAUGCCAUCAGAUGUUUACAAGAGAGCCAAAGUUCGAGAGGUCUGUGAGGUGAUACAGUCUGGAAUACAACCACUUCAAAAUUUGGUUGUUCUGAUUUAUGUGGGAGAAGAGAAAAAAAAAGAAUGGGCACAGCACUGGAUAAAUAGGGGAUUAAGAGCUGUUGAAAAACUCCUAACAACCUGUGCUGGCAAGUAUUGUGUUGGAGAUGAUAUUACACUGGCUGAUUGUUGCUUGAUUCCUCAAGUCUUCAAUGCAAGACGUUUCCAUGUCGAUUUACGACCAUUCCCAAUAAUAUUGAGGAUUGACAGAGAGCUGGAAAACCAUCCAGCCUUCCGUGCUGCUCAUCCUUCUUGCCAACCAGACUGUCCACCCGAAGCCAAGUAGCUAGGGCGUCCACCACAGCACAUCAGACAAGCAAGAGCCUAUCAAAGCGAGUUUUGUUAGAAUGCUUUCUUGUCCUCUUCAUUUUGAAGACUCAAGUGGUAUGAUAAAAACAUACCUCUGAGAUAAAUGAGAUGUGCUGUUGUGGUGGAUGGAGAAUUUCUUCAAAUUCUCAAAUGAAAGAAAAUAUGUUACCAACUCCUUGGUAUUAAAAAACCGUUUCAAUACUCUCCCUGAAAAUUUUCCUGGGUGAAAAAGACAAUUGUUACUUUGCAGCUGGAACAAAUUGAGCUUGCCUUCCUUCUAGUACCUUUUUGCAAAGUCCAUUUUUGGACACAUUUAUUUGUGUUGAUGUAAUCAGACUUCAUUAUUACCAUUUUUAUAACCUUGUUGUAAUUGUUUACACAUUGAAAGCCACUCCUCACGAUGUUGAAGCCAACUUAAAUGUACACACUGAUGAGUGAUACAAAAAAUGUACUUAUAUUUUAGAAAUUUUCCCUUUCUGCAUUAUAGUCAGAAAUUAAGCAAGUGCCUUAUGCAAUUAUGUGUGUAGAGUUUAUGUGUAAUUUGAAUCCUCAUAUUCAGCGCUGGAAGCACAAAUUGUAAGACAGACUAUUUAUGCUGCCUCUGUUGACCACCAUGUACUUACUACUGUAUAUCCUGUAGUGUUGAAGGUGCCUUUCAAUUUUUUCUGUUCCCUGAUUUUUUAUCAAUUUCACUUUGUGAAUCCUCAGAUAGUUUUGGUUUGUCAGAACCCUGACUGGCGGCAAAGAAUUCAAAGAGAGCAAUUUUAUCCCACAUUUUUUAUAAAUUAGAUUUUUUAAGUUUUUUUUUUGUUGGUAGAAUACAUGUUUUAAUUGAUCGACAUAGAUGCAGGCAUCAAGGUUUGCAUAGUAUUUUAGUAUUUUGUUUCAAGAUAUAUAUCACAAUGUUUCUUUUAAUAAUAACUUUCCCUUAAAAACUGUGAAUCUUUAAUCAAUGUAACAAUAUCCUCUUCCUUUUACAAUGCGGGAAGUGUACAGCAAGCUGUACUUCUAGCUCUGUCUUCCCGACUCUUAUUGUAAAAUAAUUAUAAAGUAGAUACCAAUUUAAAUACAAAUUUACAUUAUGUGAUAAAAUAUUAUCAUAUCGUUAUCAUAUCCAAGCCUGCUUUUGCUUAUCUUUCAUGCAUUUUUUUUUCUUCUUCUGGGAAAUGGAAGAGUGACGUGAAAGACAAAAAAAACAAAAAAAACAUCCAACCAGUCUUUCUAAUUAGAUUCUUCACAAAGGAAAAUGCCAAGCAUAGAAGUUACCAAUCAGUUUGAAUUCAUACCAAUGUCUAGGCCAAAGCUAAGUAGUUCUCAAACUACAUAGAAAUGACAGUAGAAGUCUUCCAAAUGUGUAAAAUGUGUAGAGAAAUGUGUUAACUGGAUGGAUCAUCAUAAUUCACAUGUACUUCAAAAUGCAGAGUCCCACCCAACAUAGAAUUUGACCUUGGCAGCUCAUAACAGAAAGUUGCCAUUUUCAUCAAGCUCCAGAGUCGAACUUUUAACAUAGAUUAUGUUUGAAGAGAAAAAUUUUUACCUGUUAGGUGCAAACCAAAAGGCUGAAGUUUGAAAUGACAUAAUUUGAGCACCAACGCUGAAUCCUACUUUCCAACAUUUGUCCAGACAGCCUAUGAAUUUCAAGCUGUGUGAAUUAUGAUCCACCCUGUACAAAUAGAAAAUAUUGUAAAUAGGUGUUACUUUACUGCCAUUGAGUAGAAGAUUAUUAUGUUGCUUCUUCCACAAAGAUUUUAAAACUCAUAAUUUUUGUAAUGGUCACGAGGAAAAUUUACAAUUAUCUCUGUAGUGAUAUGAAUAAAUGAUUCUUCAAAACUUA